AUGACUGCCAGUAAUAGUGUCGCUCAUAAAAAUUCUAAUAAUCCCGUGCAGGGAUUUAAAUUACAGGGGUUGGAAGUUGAUGAAGUAAUAUUCUCACUUUUAGACGUACUUGGACAUGCUGCACAAAAUGAGAGAAUACGUAAUGAAACAUUUGACAUCAUUCUCAGCUAUGCCAAACAUGAAUCAACUUUCACUAUUAAGUCCAUCCUAUCCUUCCUAGAAGUAUCCAGAAUAGACUCCUUUCAUCAGUGUACACUCUUGAAUUUGCUGCGUAAAAUUAUCUCGGUUGAUUGUGAUUGGCUCAAAUCUCAUUUGGGGGCCGAUUUAAUGGCUACAAUACUCAAUUGUCACUCGUUCAUGCUAAAAGAACUCUGUUUCAUCAGUACCAUAGACUCUAGACAUGUAGAAAUCAAACAUUUGCUACUGCAAAUUGGACAAUUGUGCCCGAAGGAAUGUCUGGACUUUGUGGUUUCACUACUGAAAAAAAAUAGCAUACAAGAUGACAUGGCUACCUAUGCCAAUAGCAUAACAAUCAACUUAUCGCUCCUUGACAAUAUUUGCAAACACUCGCCCGAGCUGAUUACUAAUAAACUUUUACUACUCUUUGUGCCCCUGCUAAAAUUCAACGCAAAAGGUAUGCAGUGUAAACCUAAACCCCUAAUAGAUGACGUAAUACACACAUUAUACAAUUUGUUCACCUACAAACAUAUCAAACCCUUCAACACCAAGUCAGUAGACUUCAACUUCUCCCUAUACGAUCCGCCUCUGUAUCCUAUUUACAACAUCGCAGAUGGUUCAUUAGCUCGUAUAUACGACAAAAAUGCUGUCACUUAUGAUCAGGUCGGCACAUUUUGUGAUAAAACAACUUCGAGCAAAUUCUCAUUGUUACAUUUAACAACUAACGUUUCUUAUGAGCUUUUGGAGCCAUUGAUGAUUGCGUUAAUCACAGAAUGUAUACCACACAUGUUUACUCCAAAAAUUGUUGAUUGUGAUGAUUCCAUUGGUAAAGCCCUGGAACUGGCUGCAAUUAUUUCCACUCAUGCUAGUGAUACUGUAUGGCGAAAAUACAUUCCUCAAUUGUGUUCUGCUAUUGUUGUAAGAAAGGAUAUGUAUAACUUGGAUCUUUAUGAAACUGAAGACUCAUUUCCUCCUGUUAAAACGCUUGAUUGUCAAAAUGAAUGGAUAAAGAGAGGGAAUGUUAAACUCAGAAGGGAUAGAAAGUUACUGCCCCAAUUGAUAUCCUCAAUCGUUUCAAAAAAUUAUACUGUUGUAAGCGAUUCCCUAAAAAAUUCAUUAAUUACUAUAAGUUUACGUCCAUAUCCACCGCUUGGUCCACAUAUACUUUCUUGCGGCAGAGACCUGGAUGGAGUCUCGCUAGACAAAUUUUACCUUUUUGCCAGUGUUGGAAUUGUUGGUGCUUUGAGUUAUAUGGAGAAUGAGAUAACCAAAUCAACUGCAAAUGUAGAAAACUUGGGUAAAUUGACCCCGCCUUUAGUGGCCAUAAUGAAGUUUUGGAGUGGUUCUAAGAAUAAAUAUAUUCACUAUGGCAUCAAUAGGCUAGUGAUGCUGGUUGAUGAGCAGGUGGGUAAAAUACUUGCCAAAGCUUUUAAUUAUGAUGCAAUUGUUGCUGGGAAUGAUACUAAUCCAAUACCUUGGGGUACAAAAUUACUGAAAAACUUUAUGAAUGAGAUAAGUACAUACAGAUUAACCCAUUUACCCUUGUCAAUUGCAUCAUACCUGAUUGUAUAUUCUUUUGAUCUGGAGAAUUUAGUAUCUUCUAAUGUAUCUUUAUUUAAAAAGGCAUCGAUUAUCACUGGUUUUGAUCGAAUUCCGGGUAGGAAUUUGUUGCCUUUGGCCAAAUUCAUCAAUUCAAUUAGAUUACCUCAGAUUGCCUACCCUUUUUUACUAUCUCAUAUAUUCACAAGCACUGCCAUUAAUCAUUAUAAUCCAAAUGAUAAUUGCCCUACAUCGAAUGGCAAUAAAAGCAUAACUAGCUGUAAAAUUGCGACUAGCUCAAUAGAUAUCAUGCUGAGGGCGUUGAAUAUGGACGUUAAUGAUUUGCCUAUAUCACCAAAUGAAUUAUUUCGUGCAUCCGAAGACGAUUGCCAAAAUAAUACAUUCAAAAGAUUGCAAUUAGCUGAGAGCCUUAUGGAGCAAGUUGGAUUGAAGAACAUGAAGGAGCUGAUAAUUCCAACCAAAUGGUUUUACAAUAAAAAUAUGCGUAUACCUCUUCUAUACAUUGCUAUACUUAUUUCAGAAGAUAUUGCCACUGCCAUAAUAUCCAAUAUGUUAUCACUUGAUGGAUUGGAAAAUGAUGAAUUUUCCUUAUUCAAGGAUCUCUUUGACGACCUUUUGGAUGAAAGUGACUCUCAAUUAAUACCAAUUGCAUCAAUUUUGGCCUACAAGUGCUCCUAUGGAAAUGAAUGCGACAAAUAUUUCCAAAUUAUACUAGACACAAGUGCUAGAAAAACUAGUAGCUUCUCAAUCUUCACCACGGCACAUGUGGGGAAACGGAACAACUUUAUUAGAAGACUUUCUAUUAUUGCUUUAGGUUUGGAGCACAGCGAUUUGUGGGUUAAAGAGGAUGAAUUUGUUGCAAUCACAAGGAGUGACCGUGUUUGGCGUUAUUUCAUUGAAGAGCUACCCAAAGAAAAUGUUAUUGAGAUUAAAAGGUGUUUUUUGUUCAGUAUUUCACAAAUUCUGAACAAAAAUUUUUUAAAGUUCCCCAACUUCCCUCACCUUGAAUUAAUCUUUGAAUUUCCAAUGGAAGCGCUAAACAUAGUGUCUAGUUUGGUUUUAAUGGGAGUUAAAAUACCAAAUUUACCCAGUAUAGUUGCGAAAUUCAUGAAUUUAUCUUCAGAAUCCGUUUGCAUUGAUAAGAUAUUUGAGUACAUCAGCAACAUCAACGUUAGUGGUUACAGUGAUGAUAUGGUUACCGAAUUUGUAUGUAAACUCAUUUAUGAAACUAUCAGUAACGAUUACAAUGUUGAAUCACUGUCUAACUAUCCAAUAAUCACCAGAGACCAUCUUUACAAAAUACUAAUUAACCGGCAGGAAUCUGUAGAUACUGUGGAAACAUUCACCAAGUGGCAUGUCGUUGUAAUGACCAAACUAGCACUGGUUGGUAACAAAUUUUCACAAAUUUACCUUGAAAAAUUGCUUUUAAUAUCUGGAAAUUUGACACUAGCAGAGUGUAGUGAAGCACUAGAUUAUUUGGCUUUGGCUGUUGAAAAUAGAGUAGCCGAAAGCUGCAAGGUAACGGUUGAAGAAAUACUGCGUAAAUUCAUCAUCAUACCCAAAGCAAUGCAUUAUAUAUAUACCCUACGUAAUAUAACACCUGAGUUUAAACUAAUGAUAAUUUCCAUAGUGGAUGCUGAAUUACUGGUUAAAAUAAUUAAGUGGGAAAUUGAAAUGGAUUAUAUUGAAAAGACUGACGCUACAAUUGCAAAAAAAUUGCUGUAUAAUUGUGUCUGUAGUCUGGGUGUUGUGUUGCUGGUAAAAUCGAUUAAUAAGCUGACUAACGAUUGGAUGGUUAUAUUCGACAAUUAUGCUGUUAAAUAUCCCAACAAGCUGUCAUUCCAACUGGCAAAGGCGAAAAAGUCAUAUCUACUAUACUAUUUACACAGGAAGAUUUAUUACAAGUGCAAUACUAAUUGGAUUAUGUGUUACAUGGGGGAUGUCAUUGAUAAAUAUUUGGCAAAAACAUUGAUCUUGGUUGUAUCCAGAAUUACCACUGUUAGAGUAUAUCCGGUAUGUAAAACAAUCACAAAAAUGGCUUUGAAGACUUUAGAAUCUGGAGCUUGUUCUCUAGAACUUCUAAAACUCGCCUAUAAAUUAUUGAAGAUUAACCACAGUUUUACUUAUAAAUAUAUCACCAGGUUGUUAAUUGUUACAUCUCAACUGUUGGACAAAGAAUCCCAACUUUUAAGCAUGAAACAUGCAACUAGAUUAUUCAAAUAUCUGUUUAUAAGGAUUUUGUCUUUGGCAAAAUUCCAAAUAGAUCACGUUAUACAUUCAACACACUUUUUAAGAGUGUUCGUUAAAUUUGGAGUUAAUGGUGGUAAUUGGCUACCAAUCAUCAGUAAAUUGAGGAAUAAACUCCUAAAUACAACAGAUGAUAUGUUAAAACUCAGAUUAGUCACUUUUUUACAACUAUUUUUUAGUAGCGAAUGCUGGGAUUUUGGAGCCGUUGAUGAAGAUGAGAGGAGGAAAGAAUUGCAGUUGGUUAUAUCGCAAAAAAAAAAACACAUGGUCACUAGAGUUUUUUACCAGUCGUUUGAUGAUAGCAAAAAUGCCAUUAGCAAUAAUAUAAAUAAUUUUAUACACCUAACAUCACCAAAAUUCGCCAAUGGCGACACUGAUUACAUAAAGGGGCACAAGAUUAAUUUGGGAAUGGUGAGUGAAAUUUGUCACAAAAAAAAUAUGUUUUUCGUAAAAAUGCGCAAUAAAACUGAUACUCUAGAUAGGAUGGUAGCAAAAUAUGUAGAUCGGCAUAUUAGACAACUUGAAACAGUUCCCCAUUUAUGUAUCCCAGAAAACAAAUGCUCAUCCGAUAAAUUGUACAAGCUUAACCUCAUAACUUUUUUUACUACUCUAUCCAGUGGAUACGAUGUAGAAAAAUAUUCUUAUGAUCUAGGUAAGUGCAGCGUGCCUAGUAUGGUUCUGUGCGUUGAUAUACUUACAAAAAUAGAGAGUAGCGAUUCGUUGGUGACGAACGCACUGAAUAUUGCAGUUUGCAAGCAAAUAUGCCAAGUCACCAAAUCUGGCAAGGCACAACUACAAAUGGAUGCCAUUCGUGCUAUUGGUAGAAUUGUGAACGGUUAUAAACUGUAG